AUGGCUGACUCAAUCCAUGAGAAUGAUAUCAGAUGCCAUCAUUGCGCAGGCCCACUUACAAAAAGUUUGGAAACGAGUGAAUGGACUGUAGCUCCCUUUAUCAGGGACAGCUUUUCUAUGAUUGGAUCAGCUGUUGGUGGUACUGCAAGUGCAUUCAUUGGGUUUAACCAUGCUAUGCCAGUAGUACGCAAAUGGAUAAAAGGACCCAUGUGGUUACAUUUUCUUGUUGGGGCACCGCCUGUUAUAGUUCUUUCAUCGGCUUGUGCUGGUCUAGCAGGUGGCACUGUACCAGCACUGGCACAGUUCGCUUCAUCUUCAUACCAAGCAGCAAUCCAUUCGUCUCAGCCACCUCAGGCAGAGGAGAAUAACAAAAUACACAAGUCUACAACAUCUCCUCUGUAA